AUGUCUCCAAAUUUCAUUGGUAACUUUUUAAUAACAGGAGUUGUUGAUGAUGAAACCAUCAAAGUUGGGGAAUGUGAUGAUGGUGGUGCUUUUGUCGAGACAAACAAAGUUGUGGUUCUAGAAAGAUUAACAUUUGAAUGUAUUCCUUUCUUUAUAGUUGUAAUAGAUGUUGGAGGAGGAGAAAUUGAUGGAGUUUUUACAGGUGGACUUGAUGGUGGAGUGGUUGAAAAUGGUGGUGAUUGGGUUCCAAUUAUUACAUUUUUCGAAUUCAUAUCAAAUUUAAAUGAUCCCGUAAAUUGUGGAAAUAAUAAAUUGGAAUUCGAAAAUUGUGUAUCAGUUGGUGAUGUGGUAUUUAUUGAAGGUGGCCAUAUGGAACUUGAAGGCAUUGUUAUAGAUGGAGUUUUGGAUGAUAAUUGUGGUGAAAAUUUAUCAAGAACUGGAGGAUGCCAUUGA